GUCCACCAGGCCCUAGAAUGGUAGCCGGUCCGCGCCCACCCAGACUCCAGCAGACUCUCGGGACUCCGCCGCUCCUACAGGGAUUACCUGGCGUGGUCGAGCGUUUGGCGUCAUCCAGAAAAUAGGGCUCAAGCCAGUCAGCGGGAACUUUGCUGUCCCGGGCGGCCGUUCAUUGGCUGAUAACGCAAACCCUGUUCUGUUGUCCAUAUUGGCUGUUGUCGCUGUCAGUCACAGCCGGGGUCGAACCUUCCCCACUCUUUGUCUGUGCAAGCUCCUGUUGUCUGGGAGAGUGGCGGACGUGCUGCUGUAGAUUGGUCACAGGGAGAAGCCUGUGGUCUUUCCUAUUGGCCCAUCUGUCCGAGGGUGAUGCGGAUUGGUGGGAUGGAACAACCUGGGUGCUAGUUGGCAGAGCUCUCGCUGGAUGGAAGGUCCGGUCGCAGAGUGAUGGUGGCGGCAGCGAAGAUGGGCCGGGCAGGGACCAUGGCGGUGGAGGCAGAGAGUCUGGCAGCGUCUUCUCUUGAGGGAGCAAUUUGGAGAAGAGAUGGAACCCAGAAUCACGCCGUGGAUGCCAUCCUUUAUCAUCCACAGCAAUCCCAUCUGCUUCGAGAGCUGUGCCCAGGAGUGAACAACCAGCCCUACCUCUGUGAGAGUGGUCACUGCUGUGGGGAGACUGGCUGCUGCACGUACUACUAUGAGCUCUGGUGGUUCUGGCUGCUCUGGACUGUCCUCAUUCUCUUUAGCUGCUGUUGCGCCUUCCGCCAUCGACGAGCUAAACUCCGGCUGCAGCAGCAGCAGCGGCAGCGUGAGAUCAACUUGUUGGCCUACCAUGGGGCAUGCCAUGGGGCUGGCCCUGUCCCUGCUGGCUCACUGCUUGACCUUCGCCUCCUCAGCGCCUUCAAACCCCCAGCCUAUGAGGAUGUGGUUCACCGCCCAGGCACACCGCCGCCUCCUUACACUGCAGCCACAGGCUGCCCCUCGACGGCUUCCAGUCAAUGCACCUGCUGUUCCUCCGCUUCCAGCUGUCCUGCCCACCAUGAGGGAACAAAUGUGGAAGAUGUUUCCUCCCACCAGAGUGCCCCUCCUCAUCAGGAGGGUGAGCUUGGGGCAGGAGUGAGCCCUGCCCCCACACCCCCCUCCUGCCGCUAUCGCCGCCUGACUGGUGACUCAGGUAUUGAGCUCUGCCCUUGUCCUGACUCCAGCGAGGGUGAGCCAGUCAAGGAGGCUAGGGUUAGUGCCACCCUACGAGAGGUGGAGGACCAGUCCCCUUGUGCACGGCCCCUAAAUCCAGCACCCCAAGUCUCUCCUGCGGGGCUGGCUUCCAGUGAAGGGGACAUCCCAUAAGCAAUUUUGGGAGGCGUGGGGUGGGUUACCUGCCCACCAGAAAGCCCUGUUCCCAACUCCCUGGGUUCUCGGCCUCUCCCUGCCCUUCUAGAAUCUGAAAAGGCUGGAGUCCUGAGAAGGGCAGUGUUUGGGGGACUGUGCGAGCUCUAUCCCCCAAGACAUACCCAGGAGCCUUUGAUCUCAUUAAAGAGAUGUGAAGCA